AUGGCUGUCAAAAAUGACCAUCUCAACAAGUUCGCCAGUGGUAUCCUAUUCCUAAUGCUUGGACAAACGCUAAGCAAAGGGGUCAAUUUUCUGCUAAAUACGCUGUUAGUGCGAUACCUCUCACCAAGGAUCUUUGGUAUUACGUCUUUCCUAGAGUUUCUACUCUCUACGGUGCUCUUUUUCAGUAGAGAAUCUAUCCGGAUCUCCACAUUAAGAAUCAAAUCUUCAACAGAUACGGGGAAAGACGAGAAGAAAGAGGACGAUGCCAUUGAGAUUUCUGAAGACGUUGCUACGUUACAGUCGUUGAUUAACUUUGGGUAUAUUCCAUUUCUCAUCGGGGUUCCUCUCUCGAUCAUUCUAAUUUCGUGGCAGUAUUCCAAUUUGAACUCGUACUUUGUCGAUCUUCCAUAUUUCAAGAUGUCAAUCUUCUUGAUCUGGCUAAGUAUCCUGAUCGAACUUAUGAGUGAACCCUUCUACUUGGUACACCAGUACUUACUAAGUCACUAUACGCGGUCCAAAUACGAAAGUUUAGGCGUCACAUUUGCAUGCAUUUCCAAUUUCGUGAUUGUUGUUUGGUUUGAAAAGAUGGUUAAUGGUGCCGGGUUCCAACUACACGAUAAUCACAAGCAGGAGGGGAUUGCUAUCUUUGCAUUUUCUGUUGGGAAACUUGUGCAUGCAGUGACAUUGUUGAUAUGCUAUUCGUACAACUACUACUCCACUUCGCAUAAAAAUGCCAAGGGUGAAAGUUACAGUUAUCGCUUAACAAAAGUCGACGCGGGUAAUAAACACGAACAGUACUAUUUCCAAAGCGACACUGUACAGCACUUCAAGAAAGUGUACUUCCAGCUAUGUUUCAAGCAUUUGCUCACUGAGGGAGAUAAAUUGAUUAUCAAUUCCCUAUGUACCGUGGAAGAACAAGGUAUUUACUCACUACUCUCCAAUUACGGUUCUUUGAUUACAAGAUUAUUAUUCGCUCCAAUUGAAGAGUCUUUAAGAUUAUUCUUGGCGCGUUUGUUAAGCGUGCGUUCAAACAAGAACUUGAGAUUGUCCAUGAAGGUGUUGAUCGACUUAACCAAGUUUUAUCUUUACCUUUCCCUAUUCAUCAUCAUUUUCGGACCCACCAACUCUUCAUUCUUAUUGAAAUUCGUGAUUGGUUCCAAGUGGUCAAGCACCACAUUCUUGGAAACUAUUAGAAGCUACUGCUUCUAUAUUCCUUUCCUCUCUUUGAACGGUAUUUUCGAGGCCUUCUUCCAAAGUGUAGCUUCUGGUGACCAGAUCUUUAAACAUUCAUACGUCAUGAUGCUCUUUUCCGGAGUAUUCCUUUUCAACUGUUGGUUAUUUAUUGAGUACUUUGACCUCUCAUUAGAAGGGCUCAUUGUCAGUAACAUUCUCAAUAUGGCAUUAAGAAUAGCGUACUGUGGGAACUUCAUUUUCAAGUUCUACCAUUACUUACUCUCCGAAUCUGUGACCAACAAUACGCAAUCAUUAAAGCCAAAUUUAUCUGCAUUCAAGACGGUUUCUCUCGUUGCUUCUGUUAUUGGAGCUCUGGACUGGUAUUUCAUUGGUUAUGUUGAGAAUAUCCAAGAACUACUGAUCAAUGCCGUAUUGGCCGUAUCUCUUCUCAUCUUCGUCAUUUAUAAAGAAAAGGGUCUCAUCUCGGAACUACUUGCUGCCAAAAACUAUACCGCCUAA